AAACGCCAUAGAAGAGGAAGAAGAAGACGAAGAAGGAGAUUACGCUAACAAAAUUAGCUUGAUUCAUUAUUGUCUUGUGCACUGUGGUAAAAUUAAGAGAAACCGAUAUAUCUGCAACGUCCGGAAAGGCAACCGGUUUUCACUUGUACCAUACACGUGGCCCCGUCUGCCUGAAGCCUUGUUUAAAUGCUGCAUCUUCUGGACUGUUUUGAAUCCAGUUCCUGAAGUGGACUGAAGCUUAUUGAGUUGGUUGUGAUUUCUGUCUUCACAGUAAAUGAGAACAGUUGCGGUUAUUGGAGGGGGGAUCGGGGGACUGGCAGCAUCUUACUACCUCUCCAAGGUCCCCCAAAUUACCAAGGUUGUUCUCUUGGAGUCAACUGGACGUUAUGGAGGUUGGUUGAGUUCUACCAGGACAUCGGAUGGAGCAGUAUUUGAACAUGGACCUCGAGGGAUUCGGCCAGUUGGACCUGCAGGACAUAACACACUCAACUUGGUGGAAGACUUGGACCUGACAAAGGAAAUUCUCCCGGUCACCUCCCAUCAUGUUGCUUCUAAGAACAGAUAUCUGUUUGUGAACAAACAGCUGUACAGGAUGCCUUCAGGAAUAAGUGGUGUUUUUCGGACAGUUCCACCCUUCUCGCGUCCUCUUAUCACCCAUGCUGUCAUGGAGAUGCUUAGGAAGAAAGGGAAUGGGGAAGAUGAGUCCAUCCAUUCCUUCGUUUCUCGGAGGCUGGGCAAAGAGUUGGCAGACAUCGUGGCUGACGCCUUUUGCCGAGGUGUGUUUGCGGGGGAUAGCAAGAAGUUGAGCAUCCAGGCUUGUUUCCCAUCUGUGUUCGAUGCAGAGCAGCGGGCAGGUUCUGUCAUCCUGGGCAUGCUGCUGGGCUCAGGUCCCUCUCCAGCAGUCUCCCCUGGCUCUUUAGCCCAGAGAGCCAUGAAAGAGUCCUGGGCCCAGUGGUCCCUGUCCCGAGGAAUGGAGGCUCUCCCAGAGGCCAUGACUGAUUACCUAGCUCAGGGUGGACGAGUGCAACUUCACAAACAAGCUCCCGUUAAGCACAUCUGUCCAUCCACCGGAUCACCUUCUUGGGAGAUCCAUGUGGAGGAUGAGACUGUAUUAGUGGACCACAUUGUCUCUGCAGUGCCAGCUAAAGUCCUGUCCUCAGUCCUGCCUUCCUGCUGUCAGCUGCUCAUUGAGCACCUGAGGCAGAUCUCCACAGUAACCGUAGCUGUGGUCAAUCUGGAGUACGAGGGCUCUGUAGUCCCUGCACCGGGAUUUGGUCAUCUGGUGCCAUCAUCAGAGGACCGGGGAGUCCUCGGAGUGGUCUAUGAUUCUCUUGUGUUCCCUCAACACAACAGACAAACUGGACAGACGACCAGAUUAACAGUGAUGAUGGGUGGGGCUUGGUUUCAGGAAGUAUUUGGGGAUCCAGACCAAGUACCUGUGGAACACCUUCGAACAGUAGCCACAAGGGCAGUUCAGUGUCAUCUGGGCAUUAGCACAAUGCCAAGUUGGAGUCAUGUGGCUGUACAGAAGGACUGCAUCCCUCAGUACCACGUGGGGCACCGGCACAGAGUCGAAUCCAUACGCAACUACAUCAGGACGAACCGACUCCCCCUCUCUCUUGUUGGUGCAUCUUAUGAAGGCGUGUCUGUCAGUGAUGUCAUCUUUAGUGGACGCACAGCUGUGGAAGAGCUGUGUGGAAGGAGACUUUGAUGGAGCAGAGACCACAGUGCUGACCCGAGUCCACGUGGAUCUGAUUCUGCAGAUUACCUUUUUUUAAAUAAAGGGCUCAUUUCUUUGUCUGC